ACUAUAUAGUCAGUGAAGUUUUUAACUUUUAAGUCUUUUUCUUUUGUUUUGAAAUAAUUUUGGUGGCCAUGUUUUAGUCAAUAGAGCAAGUCUAAUCUCCCUCAUCCCAAAAGGAAGCAACUAUGUCGGACGACACCUGCAACUUCACUCACAAAAACAAUGAAGAAUCAUCAUCCUUCUGUUGGUGGAAAUCAAUCCCAGAAUUCAAAUCUCCAGAUGAAUAUCUCAAAUCAUCGUCAUCGAUGUUCAAGGUACUCAGAGAAAUGGAGAGGUUGCGAAUGAUCAGUGAACAAGGUGUGGAUGAACUUAAACACAGGCUCAUGAUCUACAAAUCUGGUGAUUUUUGGCUCCCAAUUGGUGGAAUCAAGAAAGAAGAAAUGGAUAUUCCUCCAAUAAUUACUGUUUUGUUGGUUGGAUUAUCUGGCUCUGGGAAAAGCUCGCUUGUGAAUUUUAUGUACAGUGUUCUUGGUAGAUCUGGACUCAUCCCAUUUUCCCAAACUUCAAAUGAAUCAUCGAAUUAUUCGACUAUGAUACUUGAAGAGCACAACGUGUUACGAUCACAACGAAAUGGGUUUUGUGUUUACGAUUCAAGGGGUUUGGAUAUGGAUCGAAUGGAAGAAGGUAUAGAGGAGAUUACAGAGUGGAUGACGAACGGAAUCCGCCAUAAUCAACCAUGUCGCUUCGGAGAAGAUGAUGUGGGGUUGAGCUUAAAUUGCUCCUCCGGUGGGUUUGUGAAACGGAGAGUGAACUAUGUGGUGUUGGUGGCGAAUUUGGCCGACGUUUACAAGGCCUUCUUCUCCGGUGGUGAUUUUAAGCCGGUUUUGGCCAUUAAAUCUCUUUUUCACUCUUCUUCCAUAAGGACAUCAAAUUCAGACCCAAUCUUGAUCCUAACACAUGGUGAUACUUUAAAACCCAUCGAGCGGAUAAAUGGUCGAAUCCAAAUUUGUAGCUAUUUAGGGAUACCAGUAACAACCGGUGCAUAUGACAUAGCAUGCCUCACGGAAGAAGGUAUACUACCAGAAGAAUCUGACCCUGUUACAUAUUUUGCAUUGACUGAAGCAAUUUAUCGGGCCCUAUUACAAUCUGAUCGAACACAUUCCCCAAAGAAGACAUAUAAACAUCGGAUCUUAUAUAUCUUGUCACGAGUCAUGUGCUCACUUGCUUGGUUCUUUGGUAUGCUUUCGCAUGUAUUUCAAAAGUUGGGCGAUAAGAAAAAAAGUGGUUAAUUCGAUGAACAUGUUAUCUAAAAAGACAUGUUAAUUGCUACUUUUAUAUUCGAAUAUUAUUCGGUUAGGAUUUUUAAUUAAUUGUGAUUAUGUUGGUAUUAAUGAGC